UAUCUUUAAAGCGAAAAGCGUUCAUCAAAACACUGAGAGAGUGAGUGAGUGUUUGUGAAUGGAUGAAGGAGUAAUUAAAGAGUACGCAUGUGUGAUCGGUGAGUAAGCUUAAGGUGCCUGAAAAGCACCGUAAAACAUACAUCCUACAAGAAGCCUAUUUCCUCUGUGAAAACAAAAUAUAUAUGGUGGUCGAGAAGUGAAACGAAUCGGAGUGCCAGUUACUCAUAAACAUUCCAGGGAAAAUAGCAUAUGGCAAGAUGGUGGUGCUAUUAGGAAGUCCUGAUUUUUCUAUAGAAACUUCGGUACAUUCGCCCGUGGCGUUCGCCUAUUCCCUGUCAAUUUUGUAUCUUGUUUCCAGCUUUAUUAGUGUGUUAUCAGAUGGUUUGCAAGCUUCACAUCUGAUAUGUCGCCAAUGUGGUCAUGAAGUAGCUCACACUGAUGAUCUGGUUCAUAUACCAAGUAGCUUAGCCCUUCGACAGAGAAACGAUACAAUUCAAAGCAAAGAUAAAACAAUUGUUCAGCUCUUCCAAAAUCCUGAAGAUUCUACUAUGAGGGCAAGAUCAUCAGCAUAUAGUAGUUCCCAUGGGUUACCAGUCCUAAAUUUCUCUGUUAUAGACUGGAGGACAAUGAUGAAUAGGAGGGGGCUGAGAACCAAGCCUUGGUGAACACCUACCUGUACAUUAAAUUUGUCGCUGUACUCAUGACUAACUCUUACGUUACUAACAGCACCUCUGUAUCUGACCUGCACUACUUUCACAAGCUAUUCACCUACCUCUAAUAUAUAUAUAUAUAUAUAUUUAUAUAUAUAUUGUAAAUGGAAGAACUACUCAGUCAGGGUGAAACUGAAACUUCAGGACAACAGAAGCAACCACUGAUGAUAUUUUGUAAAUAUACACUCUAAAUGAUGUUUUAAAUAAGGAGGGCCACAUUAGGCUAGAAUGAUUUGAUUACAAUUGAGGUAAUCUGAAUAGCUUAGAAAAUUAUAAUCUUAACAGUGCUUAAAUUUCUAAGCAUAACCAAUUUAAUUUACUCUAAAAGAACCUCCAUGGUCAUUCAACAUGCUAUGAAUAGUAGACAAAUAUCCCUCAAAUCCUACCAUAUCUUAAAAAUUUUAAAUCACAUUGGAUAAUGAAAUUCUGAAGGAAAAAAAUCAACUAGAUUGUCUUGACUGCAGUACCUUUAACCCUCUAGCAGUUAAACUAGCUAGUUUCAGCCUCUCAUACCUACCUACAAUGUCAUUCUAUAAAUAAAUAAUCAUCAUUAAAAUCUUGAAAGUAUGAGAUAAUGCACAAAUAAUUCGUAACAAUAUGAAUAUAUAAGCAUUACAUUUGACAGAGUAAUCUGAAUGCUAAAGGGUUAUACAUACAUCAGAGGCUAACCUGGGAUUAAGCAAUAACUUGAAUUAAAUACCUCAUCCUAUCUUAGACAAUGAAGAAACUGUCACAUAGUCUUUCAGCCUGCUAAAAGCAGUUAAAUUUCCUUCAAAUUAAACCUACCAUAUUAAACAAAGGAUGCCCGUCACCCUACCUAUAUAUAAAAAUAACCUUGAAGCUAAUCCAUAUCAGAUCACCUCCAAUUCCAUUGCUUGUUAGCUAAGAUCAUCUACUCCCUAGCACUCCCUCCCUCCCUCUCUCUCUCUCUCUCUCUUUUUUUUUCACACUCUCUCUCUCACAUAUAGAAUGUUCAGUUGAGGUAUAGACUCCACAGGCUGCAUGUCAGUCUAGACUCCUUCUUUUCAACUCACAUUAGAGAAACUCUUUGUCCAACUCAUAUCAGCAUGGAAAAAAUAACAGACACACAGAUGACGAUGGUGGUGGUGGGUGGGGAGGCAGCAACAGCAGUUUUUCAUAAUAUAAUCCUAGAUACAUUAUGUAUAAAGGAGUUAUCAGGUAUAACGUUCAUGCCUUGGUCAAGCAGUAAUCCCUCAACUAUUGCAGAUGCUAUGUUU